CGACGGCUGGCUUGGCCCACGGCGCGGGCACACGCUCCGGACCAGCCAACAUAGAGGGGGAAGGCCCGCUGGGCCCACGCGGCCCAGAGUCCUCGGCGCGGCCCUCUGCCUGGAAGCCGGGUCCCUAGAGAGCUGCCGGGACUGAUCUUCGAGGGCGGUCUGGUGGAGCGGGGCCUCCCCCGGGCUGAUGAGUUCCCUGCGGUCCCGGCGCUGUCCUGGGUGAGCCAGAGGCCGCGGCCCCGCGGGGACCAUGCCAGAGAUGCUCCUGCUCAGGUCUGCCGGCUCCGUCCUGAGGACCGUGUUCUUAAGCAGACUGCCUCCAGGUGGGCCUGGGUGUGUUCGCAAACUUAGUUUGAACCUGCAGUACCAGCAAGAAGUAAGACCGAGUGUGACAAACAGCUGUCCGAGUGAUGGGCAGGCGCUCUCCAAAGAGUCCCUCGGCCGUGCUCUCCCGCUCUCGUCCCUGGAGAAGGCGAGGGGUGCCCAGCUGGAUCGCUCAGAGGAGCCGCUGUGGACCACCCGGGCCGACGGCCGCGUUCACCUGCGUGUCCACACCACCUGCCCACAGCCGCCCUACACCGUGCACCAGAUGUUCCACGAGUCCCUGGACAAGUACAGGGACCUCCGCGCCCUGGGCUUCAAGCGCCAGGGCGUGUGGGAGCACAUCUCUUACUCCCAGUACUACCUGCUGGCCCGGAGAACCGCCAAGGGCUUCUUGAAGCUCGGCCUGGAGCGCCACAGCGUGGCCAUCCUUGGCUUCAACUCCCCGGAGUGGUUCUUCUCGGCGGUGGGCAACGGUGAACCCCUCCUGGUCUCCCGCAUGGGCAUCGUCACCGGCAUCUACACCACCAGCUCCCCGGAGGCCUGUCAGUACAUCGCCCACGACUGCCGCGCCAACAUCAUCGUGGUCGACACACAGAAGCAGCUGGAAAAGAUCUUGAAGAUCUGGAAAAACCUGCCACAUCUGAAGGCCGUAGUGACAUACAGAGAGGCCCCUGCGAGGAAGAUGGCCCGCGUGUACACGAUGGAUGAAGUCAUGGGGCUGGGGGACGAGCUGCCGGAGGAGACCCUGGACGCUGUCAUCAGCGCCCAGCAGCCCAACCAGUGCUGUGUGCUGAUCUACACCUCGGGCACCACCGGGAGCCCCAAGGGCGUGAUGCUGAGUCAGGACAACAUCACGUGGACGGCGCGGCACUGCAGCCGGGCCGGCGGCGUCCAGGCGGCGGAAGUCCAGCAGGAGGUGGUGGUCAGCUACCUGCCCCUCAGCCACGUCGCCGCGCAGAUGUACGACUUGUGGAUUGGCAUCCAGUGGGGGGCGCACAUCUGCUUCGCCGAGCCUGACGCCCUGCAGGGGAGCCUGGCGAACACGCUGCGGGAGGUGGAGCCCACGUCCCACCUGGGGGUGCCUCGGGUGUGGGAGAAGAUAAUGGAACGCAUCCGGGAGGUGGGGGCCGGGUCCGGCUUCAUCCGGCGCCAGAUGCUGCUCUGGGCCAUGUCGGUGACCCUGGAGCAGAACGUGACGUGCCCCAGCAGUGACCUGAAGUCCUUCAAGGCCAGGCUGGCAGAUUACCUGGUGCUGGCCAAGGUCCGCCAGGCGCUGGGCUUUGCCAGAUGUCAGAAGCACUUCUACGGAGCGGCCCCCUUGACCACAGAGACGCAGCAGUUCUUCCUGGCCCUCAACAUCCACUUGUAUGGCGGCUACGGCCUCAGCGAGACCUCAGGGCCCCACUGCAUAUCCAGCCUCUCCAACUACCGCCCCGGCAGCUCCGGCAAGGCGGUCCCAGGCUGCCUGGUGAAGCUGGUGAACGAGGAUGCGGAGGGCGUCGGGGAGAUCUGUCUGUGGGGCCGCAACAUCUUCAUGGGCUACCUUAACAUGGAGGACAAAACGACUGAGGCCAUCGACGCCGAGGGCUGGCUGCACACAGGCGACACCGGGCGGCUGGACGAGGACGGCUUCCUCUUCGUCACCGGACGCCUCAAAGAGAUAAUCAUCACAGCCGGAGGGGAGAACGUGCCCCCUGUGCCCAUCGAGGAUGCCGUGAAGAUGGAGCUGCCCAUCGUCAGCAACGCCAUGCUCAUCGGGGACCAGAGGAAGUUCCUGUCCAUGCUGCUCACCUUGAAGUGCACGCUGGACCCCGACGCCUGUCACCCAACGGACCACCUGACCGAACAAGCCGUGGAGUUCUGCCGGCGGGUGGGGAGCAGCGCCACCACCAUGUCUGAGAUCGUGGGGAGGAGGGACGAGGCCGUGUACCGGGCCAUUGAAGAAGGGAUUCAGAGAGUCAACAGGAAGGCAGCCGCCCAACCCUACCACAUCCAGAAGUGGGCCAUUCUCCAGAAGGACUUCUCCGUGGCAGGGGGAGAGCUGGGUCCCACGUUGAAACUGAGACGGUUCACAGUCCUGGACAAGUACAAAGACGUCAUCGACUCCUUUUACCAGGAGCAGAAAAAGUGACAGGGGGACAUCCUCCCAGCCUCUGCCGAAGACGGCAGGGCUCCCGGGGACAUCCUGCGUUCCAGGUCCCCUUCGGUCUGGGAGGUCUCCGGGUCAGGGUGAGGCAGUGACGCUUUGCCGACGGCAGCUGACAAUUCCAGGAAGCUUCGCCUGUGGGUACUUUUCGUUUUCGGCGUUGCCUUUUGUUCAGGUGACACGUGAGCUCGGCUCUCCCCCGGAGCUGAUGGGGGGGGGGGGGGGGGGGGGACACGGGUCCCGGCCCGAGCGCCAGGAGGAUUCAAGGGCUGCGGCAGCCGGGCCGGGGCGCAGGCCGUGCACAGGGGGAGGGCGGCCCAGUCGCUCCGCGUGGGCAGGAAAGCCCGGUCAGCGCCUCCUGACGGCCGGCUCGCCCUGGAUCUAGCGGACGCUGCCGCUCGGGCACCGGGCCGUCCCGUG